CUGGCGGUCUGAAAAUUUAGAUGAACAACGAUAAGACGGCGCUGUCGAUUAAAAACUUGUAUAAAACACAAACUAUGGCUUUGAGAGCUACGAUAUUGUUAUUCUUUCUUCUUCUAGUUGAAACUGAGGCAGGUUCCACCUUCCCUUUUCCAAAUCGGAGGAAAAAUGUGGGAAAUAAGACAGUUAUCUGUAAUUGUAACAGCAUAAAAUGCCAAUCCCUCAAUGUCCACAAUUGCACCUCGGCAAUCGGCUGUUCAGCGUCGUUUUACGCUUCACCUCGACCCAGAGAGAUUUAUGGUUGCAUAGAAGAUCUGAAAGGAACGUGUGGAUAUAAAUUGGUAGAAAAAAAAACUGGAAGCUUAGAGAUUAUUUUAAAGUGUUGCUAUGAGGACAAAUGCAAUCAUCCUCAUAUGAUUGAGCCUUACUUUUCAACAGAAUCCAGUGUAAAGGAGUCAUCAGAAACAAUCGAACUUAUUUUUUCAAUAUUUGGUCCAAUCUUCGCAUUGAUUUUACUACUCGGAUUGCUGUACAUUGCACGCCCGUACUUCAUGGGACAGAGAGGAAAAAAAGAAAGUAUGAUAAUGUCACCAGGGGAAAGUAGUGGAGGGAGUUCAUGGGGUGGGUGCGUUGACCCCUCGUCAGGCAGUGGAUCAGGUCUUCCCCUGCUUGUACAGCGGUCUGUUGCUCGGCAAGUUGAGCUACUUGAGAUCAUCGGAAAGGGUCGUUAUGGAGAGGUCUGGAAGGGUAAAUGGCAUGGUGGUUACAUUGCCGUAAAAAUGUUUUCCUCUGUCGAUGAACAGUCGUGGGUACGUGAAACCCAAAUCUACCAGACUGUCAUGAUCAACCACGAUAAUGUGUUGAGUUUUAUUGCAUCUGAUGUUGCCACCAAAGAUUCAACGACACGAAUGUGGCUAAUAACGCAGUACCAUCCCAACGGAUCAUUGUAUGAUUUCUUGAACAAUAACACAGUCGAUGCAGAGAUAAUGCUUUCUCUCGCAAAGUCUGCAGUUGCUGGAAUCACGCAUCUCCAUACUGAGAUCUUUGGCAUGAAAGCAAAACCCGCUAUAGCACAUCGUGACAUAAAAUCGAAAAAUAUUUUAGUCAAGCAAGACUACACAUGCGCCAUUGCAGAUCUGGGGCUUGCUGUCAUUCAUAAGAAAGAAAUGAACCAGGUUGAUAUUGAUACGAAGAACAAUCGUGUUGGAACCAAGAGAUAUAUGGCCCCAGAAGUGCUUGAUGAAACAAUGAACACUGGCUGGUUUGAUUCUUACAAGCGGGUCGAUGUGUAUGCGUUUGGCUUAGUCCUGUGGGAGCUUUGUCUGAGGACUGUCUCCGAGGAUAUGAAGGCUAAAGAGUACCAGCCACCAUUCUAUGAUAUGGUGCCUCAUGAUCCAAGUUUUGAAGUCAUGAAAGAGGUUGUUUGUGUGCAAAAGAAGAGACCAGCAUUCCCUAAUGAAUGGAGCAACAACAAGCUUCUUCAAGGAAUGAUGGCGAUCAUCAAAGAAUGCUGGAGUCAGAACGCUGCCGCUCGUCUAACCUCGUUAAGAAUUGACAAGAAACUAACAAAGUUGCUGACAGACUGUAGGGUGCCAAGAGUUGUGUUUGUGGUGGAACAGGAAAUUAUGGAUUUGUUAAAGCCACAAGUUUAGUUGGUGAUAGAUGAAAUGUAGUAGUUAUAUGGUGGAACUUUUCUUUUUUACAUUUCUUCAUACGGAAGUGGCUGUAUAUAUUGUACAGGGAAGUGAAAAUGUGAAAUGUAUACCUUAAGUUUUCCUUUCUCCUGUGGUGCAUAUACAUUUAGCAAAAGUAUCAAAUCUCAAGCAAGAGUUGAUUUGUGUAUAUCAGCAUAGAUCAGACUUAGUAUCUCUUUAAAAUAAACUGCAGAAAUUUGCACACUUUUCACUACCAAGAAAGGCAACCUUAAAUUCAAAUUUGAUAUUAGAUAGACUCAAAUUUGAUAGUAGAUAUGCACCAUGUACGUAAAUAAAGUAUUUUUAUUGCACCAUGGACAAAAUCUGAAUGUCAACAUUCAUUGCAUUCAGAUGUUCAUAGAGGCUUAAAAAAGUUGAGAAAUAUGGUAAAUCCAA